GUACCAGUGUUGCCCAUGUCCAACUUCGCAAUCGUUGCUUUCCUAUUUCAUCGCUGCAGGACAGAAGAAUUAAAUGAAUAUUAACUGAUCAUCAGUGGGUUUGGAAACGGCAUAAUCUGAGAAAAUAUACAUUUUUGCAACAGGUCAGAUGUUUGCAGUAAAAAGGUGUUUCUUUCGUGUUCAUAUGAAUGCAUGCCAUGUAAUGGUUUGCUCCUAAACUGAAAACACUACAACAGUCGUCUGAUUUGGGGGAGACAGAGACGAAGUAGCCUACCCAUGUUCCCUCAUAAUAUGUUACGCAAUUGACGAGGAGCGUAACUUGCAGACGGUCCCUGCUGUGUGGCAGCGCUGUUUUUCGGCGACCGCACAUUUCAGUUCUGUGUUGUCUGCAGCGCGUGAGCACACACAUUUCUGACCGCCUGUUUACCACUACGGAACUCGCCGUAGAUAUUACAUCACUGGGAGAACUUUCUUACCACUUCUAUCUUUUACAUUCUUGAACGUGUCGCCAGACGGAUAUUCUUGGGGUUGGAGAUAAGAUUGUCCCCUUCAAAACAACUUGACUACAGCCAGUUCAAACGAAACUCUAGAAACUUAACGGUGGACGUAGAAGACUGAUACAUUGACUUUUGGUGCACAGAGGUUGCCAAAGUGGCCGUCGUAAUUGUACUGGACGGUGUGAUGCUUUUGAAAAUUUGACUUUGCUUUUGGUAGAAUACGUUUACAUUAAACGAUAUCAUCAGUAAGCGGUGCGUAGCCAGCUCCAAGCGAGAUGGAUUAGUCGAGCAGCGUGGUUCUCAGAAAGUUUUACGCGUCGGAUAUCAUCCUCCCCGUACUUAUCGAGGAUUCAUAUCUGAGAUAUAGCAGAGAAAUGGAGGAAGAGGACAGCCCGCAAGAAAACGGGAUUCAGAAUCCCAGGGACUCGGACCGCCAACUAAGGUUGCGACUUUGUGUUCUAAAUGAGAUUUUGAGCACUGAGAGGGAUUACGUGCGCAUACUUGAUUUCCUCCAGUCGGCCUUCCUGCAGCGGAUCAGACAGACUCCAGACGAUCAGCAGUGUCUCAUGCCUGAGCAUGUGAAGAUCCUCUUCUCCAACAUCGAAGUGAUCCUGGAGCUCCACAAGGAGCUGCUGAGCGUGGUGGAGGCCAGCCUACAGCCGGAGCCACAUCCACAGCAUUCCCUCGGACAUGUUUUUGUAAAGUUUAGAGGCAGAUUCUCAGUGUAUGGGGAGUACUGCAGUAACCAUGAGAAAGCUCUCCGUCUGCUCAUGGAACUCAACAAAAUCCCACAGAUACGCACCUUUCUACUGCACUGCAUGCUGCUGGGUGGGAAGAAGACCACUGACGUGCCACUGGAGGGAUACCUGCUCUCACCAAUCCAGAGAAUCUGCAAAUACCCACUCCUGCUGAAGGAGCUGCUGAAGCGGACCCCUAAAAAGCACGUGGACUACCCAAAAGUGGAGGAGGCCCUGCAGACCAUGAAGGCCGUCUGCUCCAACAUCAACGAGACCAAGAGGCAGAUGGAGAAGCUGGAGGCCCUCGAGCAGCUGCAGUCCCACAUUGAGGGCUGGGAGGGCACCAACCUGACUGACAUAUGUACAGAGCUGCUUCUCCAGGGCAACCUGUUAAAGAUCUCAGCAGGAAACAUCCAGGAAAGGGUCUUCUUCCUGUUUGACAACCUGCUGGUAUACGCCAAGAAGAAGUCCAGGGUUUCAGGGAAGAAAUCCACGAAAAGGACCAAAUCCAUGAACGGCCCGAUGUACCUGUUCAGAGGCAGGAUAAACACGGAAGUCAUGGAGGUAGAAAAUGUGGAGGAUGGAACAGCGGACUAUCACAGCAACAACUACACGGUGACCAAUGGCUGGAAGAUCCACAACACAGCCAAGAACAAGUGGUUCGUGUGCAUGGCCAAGAACUGCGAGGACAAGCAGAAGUGGCUGGACGCCAUCCUGAAGGAGCGUGAGCAGAGGGAGAGCCUGAAACUUGGCAUGGAACGGGAUGCCUAUAUGAUGAUCGCUGAGAAAGGAGAGAAGCUCUACCACAUGAUGAUGACUAAGAACCGGCACCUCAUCAAGGACCGGCGCAGCAAGCUGACCAAGGUGCCCAAGUGCUUCUUCGGAAAUGAGUUUGUGGCCUGGCUGCUAGAGACUGGGGAGAUUAGUAAAGCAGAGGAAGGCAUCAACUUGGGCCAGGCUCUUCUGGAGAAUGGCAUCAUUCAUCAUGUGUCUGACAAGCACCAGUUUAGGAAUGAGCAGGUGCUGUACCGCUUUCGUUACGACGACGGCACCUACAAAGCCAGGAGUGAAAUGGAGGACAUAGUUUCCAAGGGGGUGAGAAUCUACUGCCGCCUGCACUGUCUGUUUAUGCCCGUCGUCAAAGAUCGAGAUCACCACCUAAAGACCUUUAAAUCUGUGUUGCCUGCCAAUAAACUGGUGGAUUGGCUUGUGUCUCAGGGUGACUGCUCUACACGUGACGAUGCUGUGACCCUGGGCGUCGGCCUUUGCAACAACGGCUUCCUGCACCACGUGCUGGAGAAGAGUGAGUUUAAGGACGAGUCGCAGUUCUUCCGUUUCUACGCCGAUGAGGAGAUGGAGGGCACCAGCACCAAGAACAAGCAGCUGCGCAACGACUUCCGAAUCAUCGAGAACAUCCUAGCCAAGAUGCUGCUGAUUCAUCCAGAAGAGGAAGACUACGGUUUUGCGAUUGAGGAAAAGAACAAGGCCAUUGUGGUUAAGAGCGUGAGUCGGGGCUCUCAAGCAGAGAUGGUCGGGCUGCAGCCGGGGAAGAAGGUGUACUCCAUAAACGAGGACCUGGUGUUUCUGCGGCCCUUCUCUGAGGUGGAGGCCCUCAUCAACGCUGCCUUCUGCAGGCGCCGCACCCUGCGCCUGCUGGUGGCCACCAAGAGCAAAGAGAUUGUGAAGAUCCCAGAUUGCCCGGACAGUCUGUCAUUCAAGCUGAAAGGCGCCUGCCCGCCCUAUGUGUCUGCCAUCAGAAAAGGUGGGGAAGCGGCAGCCGCAGGGCUGCAGGUGGGCCAGUGUGUUCAGAAGGUAAAUGGCAGCAGCGUCAGCAAACAGACGUACAGCGAGGUGCUGGAACAGUUCAGGGCCCAACCAGCCAAUCAGGACCAUCCGGAACAGGCCUUGGGGCAUUGGGUGUACAGGGUCCCUGAUGACGUUGAGGAGGAGAGGUCAGCAAGUCCCUCUGAGUUUACUGCAGUCCCAGAGGACAACUGCACCAAUGGAACAGGUCUGGCGCUGUUGUCCUUGUCGGACGCUCCACUGGUGAGUCUGUCGGUGGAUAACGCACACCUGGAGCACGGCGUGGUGUACGAGUACAUCAGCACGGCGGGCAUCAAGAGCCACGUGCUGGAGAAGAUGGUGGAGCCCCGCGGCUGUUUCAGCCUCACCGCUAAGAUCCUGGAGGCCUUUGCGCGAGAGGACAGCCAGUUUGUGCGUAACUGCAGCCAGCUGAUGUCCCAGGGUGAGCGCGUGGUCUCCAUGCCCCAGUACGAGUUCAGGAACAUCUGUGAGACCAAGCUGGGCAGCAUCCAUCGCCGCAUUAGCAGCUAUCAGCGGUUUGCUGAGGAGCUGAAGACGAAAGCAUGCCCCUCGUUUAAGCAAGCCAACAGCAGGCCUCACGUGUUGGGCUGCAUGGACUUCGUCCCCACCAACUGCCACCUGAACAUCAUGCAGGUGUCCUGCCCCAAGAACAGCACCUCCACCGGCCGGGCCUUCAGCAUCCGCUUCGGACGCAAGAACUCCAUCUACGGCCUCGAUCCAGACCAGGUGAACAUCAACCCUUUGUCCCACACGGUGCACUGUGUGACCAGCAUCGGCGCUCCGUCCUGGCGGAGCUGGGGCCUGGACGAGGAGGAGUGCGAGAGCCUGGACGACAGCCUGAACUGCGGCGAGGGCAACCCGUACGGCGGCUACGGCCACGGCGAGGGCGGCCUCAGCUUCCUGCUCAAGCAGGAGGACAUGGAGAGCCAGGACGCCUACCUCGGCCUCUACAACCGCCUGGACGUCUCCGUCAGGGAGAUGAAGCAGUAUGUCACGCAGAUUGACGUCCUCCUGUCCUCCAUCACAGAGCCCACCCAGCCCCAGGAGGGGGAUCCGCCCACCUACGACCACACCACCAACCAGACUAUUCUGGAGGAGACAGAGCUGGAAAGGGUGGAGUCGGGCGUUAAACGCGUGUGCUUCAAGGUGAAUGAGGAUGAGCAGGAGGACUCAGGCCAUGACACCAUGAGCUACAGAGACUCAUACAGUGAAUGCAACAGCAACCGGGACUCAGUCCUUUCCUACACAAGUGUGCGCAGUAAUAGCUCCUACCUGGGCAGCGAUGAGAUGGGCUCGGGUGACGAGCUUCCCUGUGACAUGAGGAUUCCUGUAGACAAGCAAGACAAACUCCACGGAUGUCUGGAGCACCUAUUCAACCAGGUGGACUCCAUCAACAGCCUCUUCAAAGGGUCUGUCAUGACCAAGGCCUGUGAGGAGACCAAGCACUUUUAUGCUGACCAGCCAGAAUUCCGACACACAGAUGACUGGACGUUGCGGUGUCGGUACGUGAUCCACAAGAACAUCCAGGAGGACCCCUGGAACCUGCCCAACUCCAUCAGAACACUGGUUGACAGCCUGCAGCGCUUCGUAGAGGAUGGGAAGAAUCAGCUACUCUUGGCUCUGCUGAAGUUUACAGACACAGACCUGCAGUUGCGGCGUGACGCCAUCUUGUGCCAGGCGCUGGUGGCGGGGCUGAGCGCGCUGGCGGAGCAGCUGCAGGCGGCGCUGAAGCUGCGCUACAACAACAACGGCGAGUACGAGGAGGACAGCGUCGAGGUCAGCCGCAAGUGGCUCGAGCAGAUCUCCGCCAUCGGCGUCCUCUUCAACUUCCAGUCCACGCUCUCGCCGUUCGUGCGGGAGGAACGCACCAUGUUGGAGGACACCAAAGCGGCACUGGCAGACCUGGAUAAGGUCACUGUGGUUUUCAGACAGCAAGGGGAUGAAUGUCUGGUUGCAAACACGCCGGUUUAUUAUGAGGUGGAGGGCACUAGACAGGCCAUUAAAGUGUUGUUCUUCCUGAACAGCAGCCACUACAGUGAGCUGCCCUCCCGCCUGCAGAAUGGAGGCAGCCUGAAGCUCCACUCAGUACUGUUUACUCGCGCCAUGGAGAAGCCAGAGGGAGUGGCCACGCCAGACUGUGUGUCCAUGGAGGAGUUCCAACAGAGGACAAACGCCGUCUCUCUAGAAAGGGUCAAGGCAUAUUACAGAAAGCUCAGGGCAUUUUACCUUGAGAAAUCCAACCUCCCCUCUGAGUCCCACAAAACUGCCAUGAAGAUCAACCAGCUGCUGAGGCCGCUGAACACACUGGACGACCUGUGUCGCCUGAUGCAGACGUACGCCAACGUAAAGGCCAGCUCAGGGGGCCACCCGUCGGGCGUGAGUGUGCUGCUGGUGUCUGCGGAGCUCUGCAACCGUCUGGGCUCCUGUCACAUCACCAUGUGCUCCACGGGCAUGCAGAGGAGUACCCUGAGUGUGUCUCUGGCUCAGGCUCACAUACUGGCUCGGAACCACGGACUUCUCCCACGUUGUCUCAUGCAAGCAAUGGAUAUUAUGCGCAAGCAGGGCACCAGAGUGGAAAUAUCUGCAAAGAAUCUGAAGGUGAUGGACCAGAUGCCUCCCUGUGCUCCAAGGCUCUUCAGGCUGUGUCUCCCACCUGCGGAUGGAGAUCUGUAGACCAGGAGCCAUCAUUAGUUUUAGCUCACUUUGCUUCUUUUUUUUUUUUUUUACGCCUUUUCUGUUCGAAACGACGAGGUGACAGAGAGACCUCUCACUCAGCGAGGACGGCUCGGCAGAAUGAUCCCCGAAACGCCAGUGGCACUGACUUGGGCCGAACUGUAAGCUUCAUCCUCUCCUCUCCUCUCCUCUCCCGGAAACCUUUCGCCCCCCUACCUCCCCGGCCACCACGCCACUCUGCCCUCUGGAGCUCCUGCCCGCCCGCGGCCAGUGCAGUCCUGUGAGUGGGACGCCCAGGAGGGCUGCCACUGGUGCAGGGUCACUGCUCCACCAACCCUCCUUUCACAAGUGACGUCCUCGCCCCAGUCCUCUGAUUUCAGUGACAAACCCUCUCCUGAGGAAAGAGAGUCUUCAGUCCCCUCACUGUACACGCUUGGCUAGAUAAAGACUGGCCCUAUACAGUAUGACACUCCGGAGCCCUGCCCUGUGUCUGAUCGGGACGUCUGGACUCUUCUCUGUGUCUGCAUGCCUCCUGCUCUCUGUCCCUCGCACACAGAGGAUGUGCAAUUACUGUAGUGUAGCAUGUGGCACUCUGCACUAUUCACGCAACGAGGGGACUGUCUCGUUUAAAAAAAAAAGAGUGUAUUUAUUGUCCGAUCAUAUCAGGAAUAGUGAAUUAACUUGAAACAUUCCAGCCUAAAUGUCCUACAGCCGUUUAUGGACCAAUGAGUAAGUAUUUUAGACGUGGACACGUGGUCUAGGAGAGUUUUAUUCUGUUAGCUACAGUAAUGCUAAUUUAUGUUGGUGUUAAAUACUUAGCGUGCUACACUGCACUUACCCACUGUUGAAAUUCAGGGAACACAACACAAAAUACGACACAAAAAAUGGGAAAAACAAGCUGAUCACUGAACUGGUUGAAGCUAGUCUUAUAAAUGGCCUUGAGGCCAAGUGUUUUGUCCAUUUCCAUUUCUAUUUUUUUAACAGUUGAACCUUACUCAUACUAUUUUUAGCUUGUGAGCUGAAGUUGUUGCCUGACAGUUUGUUUUAAUGAUGCUAGAGAACAGGACGAAGCCCACAAUUUCCAUUUCCUUUUGAUGCUAUUUAUGUGUCUGUCUCAGAGAGCACAAAGAAAUCCAGUCACUCAUCAGUGUUUGAAAAAAAUGUCCUGUACUGUACAUUUUUGGAGUUAGAUGACAACAAAGGGAUCAUGAAGUAUAAACUGUAGACGGUAGCAUUAUUUUAUUGAAGUGUUCUUAUUUUCAUGUGUAUGUGUACAUAACAAUGUCUAUAGCAGAGCAACUACCAUACAGUAUAUGCUUUUGAGGAAGGGCAGUUCUAUAAUUUAAAUUUUAAUAAUAUUAAAAGAGAUUAUAAUAUGUAAA